CUCGAACAUCAAUUUUCUUCCCAACUAUCGUUACAACCAUGUCUUCCAUCUCCGAGGAGGAGAGAGCACUGCAGCUUGCGCAGGACGCAAGUGAAAGCCUGGCGUCUGGCGACUUAGCAGCGGCAGCACGGAAGUUACGUGAGGCUACGAGCAUCGCACAGAACAAUGCGCAGAUCAAAGAAGCGUGGGAGAAGCUGCGGCAAGAGGAGGACAAAAGCGAGUUCCUGUCGAUUUGCAAAGUCUGGGUGCAAAGCAAGGAUGAAGCUGAUGGCGAGCGUGCGCUAAAGGCGCUGAAAGAGCGGCCAUUGAAGCAGGAAGAGGCGGAGCAAGCAAUGCAAAUCCUCAAUGACUUCAAAGACGAAGAUGAUAUCCUGGACCAAGUUACCGGCGAGCUGCUGAAAAGUACCGGUGCGCAGAUGUGGCUUGCACAGGCUAUGCGAGAGCGGCCUACACGAACCUACUAUGAGCUGUUCCCGCGCGGAGACGAUUCUAUUGAUGGUCUACUCAAAGUCCUGCUCAUCCGCAACCUCUGGCCUGACGAUGCCACCUUCAAGGAGAGCCAUCGAGAUGUCUUCCAGCUAAGCCUAGCCAUGCUCAUGGAGGAGGCGCUCGAUCAUCCAGAACGCGCCAUGAGAGGUGUCGCGCAGCUACUAGCCCACCAUGCGAACCAUCUCCAAAACAUCAUUGACGCUGAUAGUUUUGAUGUCAUUCUUGCUUCUCUUGACAUUCGGCUGCCGAAGACUCUUCGAGACCAAGCCACUCUUGCCAGCAUCAAGCUGUUCGAACUGAGCCCAGAUACCGCGAAAGAGUUGAUUUCGAAGUUUGUCACACAACGGGUAGAGAAAGGCGAUGCAGAUAAUCUAGUCAUUGCAUUCUCAGCAGCUACGGCUAUCUUUCCGAUUGCGGUCGAAGCUGCGGCCGCUCUUUUCCUCACAGAAGGCUUUGUCGGCACGCUGGUGCCUUUGGUCGAAAAGAAGAAAUCCCACAAGCUGAUCCAGGUAACACUCGAUCUGCUCAGCGCGGCAUGUGUAGACAAGAAAUGUCGAGAAGCCGUCAAUCUGCACUGCAGAGACUGGCUGGACAUGAUUGCAGAUAGCACGGACAAGGGACGUGCUACUCUCGCUGGUCUCAUCCUCAUCAAGCUAGGUGAUGAAGAACCUCCUUCUACGGAUAACCCUCAGGUCAAGACCCCUGCAAAGGUCGACCAGAGCGACUUGCUCGCAAGUUUCAAGUCUAUGGUCAUCAGUGCCGAUGCCGCUAGCACCAAACAGAACUCUGUCGAAGCCCUGGCCUACGCGUCACUCCAAGCACAUUUUCGCGAAGACCUGUCAGCCGAUCGACGUUUUCUCGAGCGGCUCCUUGAGACAAUGAGCGCUCCAUCAGCACCAGGAAGCAUCAUCUUUGGCGGACUGACCAUCUUCGCCAACAUCACAGCCUUCCUACCCAUUCAAUCAGACGAGGAUCGCAGAUUAGCUCAGCUGAAAGCAUACGCCAAUGUUCAGAAGCCGUCCGAGCCUCAGGAACUGCUCGACAACGAGCAUGCUAUCGCAAGGUGUACACGACUCCUCCAGGCCGGCAUCGUCCCCCUGUUACUCCAGCUCAGCAAAAAGCCCACACCAAACAUACUAGCACAGACUAGUCAGAUUCUCUUAAACCUGAGCAACGACAAAGUCAGCAGAGGCUUGAUGACACAGCAAGGCGCUGUUAAACUGCUCAUCGCUAUCUGGGAACACGUGGCCGCAACGGCAGCAUCAUCAAAGACAAGCACGACACCGGUCCCACUUACAGCACAGCCAGCCGCUGCCCAAGCCCUCUCCCGCCUCCUCAUCAGCGUUAAUCCAAGUCACGCUUUCACAAUCUCUCUUCCAGCGACAUCCGCGAUCCGCCCCCUCCAGAGCCAACUCCUCCGCACCGAGUCCUCCAUCUGGCAACUUCACGCCUUCGAAGCGCUGCUCGCGCUCACGAACCUCGCCUCGCUCGACCAAACAACCCAAACACAGAUCAUCCGCACGGCAUUCGAUACCGUAGUUGACGACCUGCUGCUCAGCAACAACAAUCUCCUCCGCCGCGCGGCGGCGCAAUUAGUCUGCAACCUGAUGGGCUCGCCGUACUGCAUCGAGAAGUUCGCCGAUGGCAGCCCCCGCGCAAAACACCGCCUCCACCUCCUCCUCGCCAUGACGGAUGUUGACGAUGCGCCGACGCGGAGUGCGGCUGGCGGCGCGCUGGCGACGCUAUUGACGUGCGGAGAGAUCACGGUGGGCCCAUUUUUGCAGCAGGAGAAGGGCGUUGAGUUCUUGCUUGGGCUGGCGGAUGAUGAGGAUGAGGAGCUGAGGCAUAGGGGUGUCGUGUGCUUGCAUAGUGUUGCGGAGGUGGAGAAGGGCUUGCAGGCCGUACGGGAGCAGGGAGGUGUGGAGGCUGUGGAGAGAGCAAUGGGGGAGGCGAAGAGUCCGGUGGUCGUGGAGGCUUGCAGGGACGCGUUGGUUGUCUUGAAGUCCUAGAGAAUGGAGCCUCCUCAAGAUGCUUGCAAGGUGAUAUGUAGACGAGGGACGGUCUAGCCGCGUUUCCACAUCUCGAACCGAGGAAACCUUCUUCAUGGAAGCCCAUGUGUGUACCUUACGGCCUUGUAAAGCGCCCAUCACGAGUCUCGGCUUCAAAUUGGUCGACCAGCGACUGGGCAUAGAGUCUACGUACGCACGAGCAAAUUUGUUCUCAACGAAAGCUAUCCCAUGAGAGGUCAUGUCACAAUUCACGUGCAAGAUUACAGGAACGCGCGAUGACUGUCGCAGAUCCGAG